UUGCUCCAUAAUUUGAUUUUUAUUUUUAUCUUCAAUUUGUCGUAAAAUAUUAUUAAUCAUUAAUAAAGUUAAAUAAUAACUGCUGACCUACUAAAUAACCAAGGCAUCAUGCAAACCUAGUAUUAUUGGAAAUGUAAAAUCGUGAGUACUCAUGCAUGCGAUGUUUCGCAACAAUUGCAGCUUCAUUUUUCCCUCGACAAGCAUAUAAUAUGUGAAUAUUCUUUCAUCGCAAAUAUUAAAAAUAACAAUACAAAGAUCCGCAUUCAUAGCUUUGUGUUUAUUAUAAUGACAAAGGGAAAAGGACUUCAUUCUGUAGUGUACCUUUUUUCCUGAUUAUUAUAAAUUGAAGUACAGAAUGAAUGGGUUAAUGCAGGGCUUUGAAAAAUAUACGAAUCCUGUUUAAUUAAAUUGAUAGAGAUGUUCAAAGUAACAAUAUCUCUUUAGAAUUCAACUGAAUAUUGAGUUAAGUAAUGUUUGCACGUAGCCUUAGAGAUUUCUCUUUGGUUUCACUUUAUGGAGAUUGGUUCGUUCAGAUAUUAGCUUUUGCUAUGCACUUCUAAAAUAUUCUUUAAGAAAUUAAAAAAAUUAUAAAACAGCAAUCAAAGGGCGAAAUUAUAUUCCUUUUCAAAAUUAAAAUAAAACUUAUGGAACAUUGGGUUAAAUAAUAAAUAAAACAUCCAUCAUCUUAAUUUAUUAAGAAAUAAAUGUCUUUUUUUAAAAAGUAUUUUCCUGUAGCAAGUUCGUAACAAUGUGUACAUUAAAAACCAAUCAAACAGUACUGAUACUAUCAGCAAACACAGCUGGCACGAAAUUUCACGCAAACACAGAUUCGAAGUAAACGUUCGAUCAACGUUGCAAAGCAACUGCAUGAAUACACGAUUGUUCGUAAGCGAAUGUAAAAAAAAAAAUACGUGUAUAACCGUUAGCGUACGUUAAACUGUUUCUCUAUUCACGACAAUUCAACUCACGUGCAGCGUACAGUGAAUGACUUAGUAGACAAGUUGUGUGCAACCCACGCAUGGAAGACUCCUCAGACUUUCACCCAUCUUACUUGGACGACCCACCUGGAUUUCUUUGCUUGCACAUCAUUUCUAAAACGCCUCUUCUAUUAUUAUGUAAUUGAUUCGUUCAUUGUUAUUGAGAAACAGAAAUGAAAGAAACACUUGUAAUUUUCCUAAGCGUUCUCUUCGCGAGGACGCUCGGUCUGCCAGGAGGAGCACCACCGGACUCCUGCGAGGAUCUAACACCUCGUCAUCCUGGGACCUCGAAGCAGAACGCUCACCCAGCUCCUUAUCAAGUUUUACCAGCUGCGGGACAGGGUAGAGUCCGUUUGAUUUUAGGAAGUCCUCAUGGUCUUGCCUACGAGGGUUUCAUGAUAGUCGCACGUGACGCGGAUACCGGUGAAUUUGUUGGCGAGUUUGCAAACUUGCCCGACUCGGCGAGGACCAUCGAGUGCACGCAAGGUGUAAAAAAUGCUGUGACUCACACGAAUACCAGUAAGAAGCAUAACCUCGAGUUUGAUUGGGAGGCACCUGUGGAUUAUGAGGGUACCAUAGUUUUCAAGUCCACGUUCGCACAGGAUUACAGCACGUACUGGGUCGGUGUCGAAUCGCCAAGAGUUAACGUUCGCAAGCGAUCCAUCGACGUGUUGACCUCGUCUACGCCGAUCACCACGUUACGAACAAGCACACCGCCCUAUUACAGCCCGACCGUCGAUUACGAGCCGAUCAAUGCGGAGGAUCCUUUGUACACCGGAUGUGGCACAACGAAGAAUUGUUUUGGCACACCGGAGAAAUGUGUGGACACGAAAAAUUGUGUCGCAGUGGUCGCAAUUCUCGUUCGUGGCGAACGAUAUCUCUUCGAGCUUCAAGCAAGCGGCAGUAAAUAUGUCGCUGUUGGUUUAUCGGAUGACAGCAAAAUGGGUGACGACAGCGUGGUAGAAUGCACGAACGAAGAAGGAGAAAUUGGAUUGCAUAUGUCUUGGAACUCUGGAAAGACUAAUAUACGGCAACCCAUGCAAGAAGGUGCUGUUCAAAUGGAGUCCAGUUCUAUCAAGGAUGACGUGAUUUCCUGUAAAUUCUGGCGAGAGAAGACCACGGUUAUUCAGGGUCGCGAAUUCGACCUAGUCAAUAAACCGUACAAUCUUCUUUUAGCUGCGGGCAAAGCUUUAAGGAAUAAUGGCGUUGGUUUCCAUGAUGUAGCUCACGCCGCGACUGGUGGUGCAAAAUUAUUAGCCGACGUUGGAGCUUUCUCAACAGCCAGCAACAUCCUAAUUCGUGUACACGGCGCCUUGAUGUUGGCGUCGUGGAUCGGUACAGCGUCCAUCGGUAUCCUUCUCGCUAGAUACUACAGGCAAACAUGGGUUGGCUCACAAUUAUGUGGAAAGGAUCAAUGGUUCGCUUGGCACAGAUUCUUUAUGAUACUAACGUGGUCGAUGACGAUCGCUGCGUUCGUGAUAAUAUUCGUCGAAUUGGGUGAAUGGAGUUCCGAGGUGAUACACGCGUCCCUUGGAUUAGCCACGACGAUCUUAGCUUUUGUUCAACCGUUUAUGGCAGCCUUGAGACCUCAUCCUGGAGCACCGCGAAGACCUCUUUUCAAUUGGGCACACUGGUUCGUUGGAAAUGCAGCGCAGAUUUGCGGCAUAAUCGCAAUUUUCUUCGCGGUCCGGUUGAAUAAGGCCAAACUCCCGGAAUGGGUCGACUGGAUUCUGGUCGCCUACGUUGUAUUCCAUAUCCUCACUCAUCUUGUACUCACGUUUGUCGGUUGUGCGUCUGAUAGACAAGCUAGUCAGAGGGUGAAUUCAUUUCCAAUGAAAGACAUGCAUUCACGAGGUUCAAUGGUCCAUCCGGAUGCAAGACAGGAUGCACCCCACGCUGGAAUCAGGAAAUCCAUCUUCGGCAUCUAUUUCGUGGUGAUUGUCUUAUUCACUGCGGCUCUCAUUGUUAUCACUGUAUUGGCACCGAUAGAGGACACGUGGGUCACUUUUACGAAUACCAUAAAAAGUUAUUAAGCUCUUCGAAAUCUAUGGGAUUUUUCAAUCGUUCAACACCUCUGUCAUACGACGAAUUAUUAUCGUCGCGAUAAAGUUUGGAACUGUUUCGCACACGGUACGGUAGGUAUAUUCUCAAGUGACUGUUUAUAUGUAAAUGAGUCUUCAAUCGACGCAAGUGAUGGUUUACAGGAAACCAUGGUUAAAACGUGAAUUGUACGACAAUAUCGUUUGACGUAUCAAAGUUUGGAUAACAGUUUGGAACUGUCGAUAAUAGAAAUCGAAACGAACGGUAUUAUCGUAUAAUAAACGGCGACAAACAUAAGACAUUGGUUUCAUCAUUUUCUUCCUUUACAGCUGGUUGCUUUAUAUUGGAUUGGUCCAUCGUUUCUAAUGUGAAAACUUAAGAUUUUUUUACAAUAUAGCUAACCUGAGUACAAUAGGUAAUGUGAGAAAUAGUUCAUAGUAAAACGGUUCAUUUUAUAGAUCAACCUAACGUGUACUCAUAUUUUUAAAGAUUUUGCUGUUGUUAGACUGACUUUAAUCGUUUUUAAUUCGAAUAGACGAAUUACAAAUGUACAAACACACGUCCAGAACAGGAUUACGACUUAACCACGAGAUAUAUAUUAUACAUUUACAAACAUAAGGAAGGCAUUAAUUUGUUCUAUAGUGCUUGUUGUUAGAAUCCUUUCAUUUUUCUAAGGUGCUCUUACAUUUAAAUCCACAUUUCUUUCCAAUAAGAUAUACGCUGAAUUUCUAUUUAUGAUAUAACGUUUACAGUAUUAGCUUUUAUAACGUAUUUUUGAUUUUUACGAUUGUUUUAAGAUUUAUUUUGUAUUACCAAUAGGUGUUUCUUCUAUAUAUGAAUGCGAACAGGAGUUUGCACAAGUAUUAAGAACUGCGCUUAAUUAACCGGUAUAAUUAUGUUUUUUCCAUAUGUUAUUGUUAAUGAAUAAAACAGAAUCGCACAUUUGCGCAGAGGAGAUAAUAUAAUUCAGUGAGACUAUUUUUUUAAUUUAAAUUUGCGCAUAAACGGAAUAUGAAUUAUAAUACUGUAUGUAUUUGGAUAUAUACAAAAAUAUCACUGUGACAAUUUUUCUUAUGGCCUGUAAUAAUUUGUUUCCUUUUUCUAUUCCAUUAGAGGAGGCUGGAAUUACUUUUUCAAUAAUUUUGAGAAUGCACGAAUCACGAAUUUCCAAAAUUAGUACAAUUUGUGGAUCAAGCAUAAGAAAGAAUUUUCUACUGUAGCUAUAAUAAUUUUGUACACGCCUCAGAUUUUCCUGGUUCAGAGCUUUCUAUAGCAACGGAUUAUCCGUUUAUCGUUAAGGCCCUAUAGAGAAUGAAGCGAUGGUUGAACUCGAUUAACUGCAAGAGGCCGUUGUUAAUCGGUUUAAGCGGUAUUUGAAUUAACUUAAAGGAUAAGUGAAAGUCGGGGACCGAGCGAGCUACCGGUAUUUAUUUCUUUUAAGUGAAAAUCGUUCGAGCCCUCGUCGCCUUUUUAAAUUGAAAAUUUCAUUCCAUUUCAAUGAUCCUGGUCGGACUUUAUUUUCCUUCGUAUUUCGUUAACCAACUGUGAAUUUCAAAUUUAAGUUCCCUUAUUAAUACGCUUUAUUGUCGCGUGUAUUAUGAUACACUUAAACAGAUACGACUGGAAUAAAUUACAUUAUGUACAACCAAAUGAGUUAUACGUAUUCUGUACACGAGGUAGCAAAAUUAUUUUUCGAUAAUUAAAUUUCUACAUCAAA